AUGUUCCUCCUCGUCGGCCGCUCUUGCCCACGUCAGACCGCUUUCCUCGUCGCCCGCGCUUUCCCUCAUUACCCUCCCCGACCCUCUGGUCGCAUAUGUUCCCGUAGUUGCCCACGCUCUCCCACGUUAACCACACAUCCCCUCGUCGCAAUUGCUAGUAGUAAACAUACCGCGCUUCAGAUCGUCACCCGCGCUCCCCCUCAUCACCCUCGUCGACCCACACCGAUCCUCGCCGCCCUCACCUCCCUUGGUCACCGACAUUCCCUCUCGUCGCUCGCGCUUCCCCUCAUCACCCGUGCCGACCCUCGCCGCCCUCGCCUCCCCUCGUCACCCGCGCGUCCCGUCGUCGGGCUUGCCUCCCAGACACUCGCGCUUCCCCUCGUCAUCCGCCUCUCUCCCCGGCAUCUGCCCCCGUUCCCCCCAUCCUCUUCCCUGUUUCCCCGUAUCCCCUGCCGUGCUUCCCCCCAUCCUAUCCCCUCUUACCCCAUAUCCCCUGCCCUGCUUCCCCCCAUCCCCUUCCCUGCUUCCCCCCAUCCCCUUCCCUACUUCCCCUCAUCCCCUUCCCUGCUUCCCCUCGUCCCAUCCCCUGCUUUCCCCCAUCCCCUUCCCUGCUUUCCCCCAUCCCCUGCCUUGCUUCCCCCCAUCCCCCUCCCUGCUUCCCCCCAUCCCCUUCCCUGCUUCCCCCCUUCCCUUUCCCUGCUUCACCCCAUCCCCUCCCCUGCUUCCCCCCAUCCCGUCCCGUGCUUCCCCCCAUCCCCUUCCCUGCUUCCCCCCAUCCCCUUCCCUGCUUCACCCCAUCCCCUUCCCUGCUUCCCCCCAUCCCCCUCCCUGCUUCCCCCCAUCCCCUUCCCUGCUUCACCCCAUCCCCUUCCCUGCUUCCCCCCAUCCCCUCCCCUGCUUCCCCCCAUCCCCUCCCCUGCUUCCCCCCAUCCCCCUCCCUGUUUCCCCCCAUCCCCUUCCCUUCUUACCCCCAUCCCCUCCCCUGCUUCCUCCCAUCCCCUUCCCUGCUUCACCCCAUCCCCUUCCCUGCUUCCCCCCAUCCCCUUCCCUGCUUCCCCCCAUCCCCUUCCCUGCUUCCCCCCAUCCCCUUCCCUGCUUCCCCUCAUCCCCUUCCCUGCUUCCCCCCAUCACCUGCCCUGCUUCACCCCAUCCCCUUCCCUGCUUCCCCCCAUCCCCUUCCCUGCUUCCCCCCAUCCCCUUCCCUGCUUCCCCUCAUCCCCUUCCCUGCUUCCCCCCAUCCCCUGCCCUGCUUCCCCCCAUCCCCCUCCCUGCUUCCCCCCAUCCCCCUCCCUGCUUCCCCCCAUCCCCUUCUCUGCUUCCCCCCUUCCCUUUCCCUGCUUCACCCCAUCCCCUCCCCUGCUUCCCCCCAUCCCGUCCCGUGCUUCCCCCCAUCCCCUUCCCUGCUUCCCCCCAUCCCCUUCCCUGCUUCCCCCCAUCCCCUUCCCUGCUUCCCCCCAUCCCCUUCCCUGCUUCACCCCAUCCCCUCCCCUGCUUCCCCCCAUCCCCUCCCCUGCUUCCCCCCAUCCCCCUCCCUGUUUCCCCCCAUCCCCUUCCCUUCUUACCCCCAUCCCCUCCCCUGCUUCCUCCCAUCCCCUUCCCUGCUUCACCCCAUCCCCUUCCCUGCUUCCCCCCAUCCCCUUCCCUGCUUCCCCCCAUCCCCUUCCCUGCUUCCCCCCAUCCCCUUCCCUGCUUCCCCUCAUCCCCUUCCCUGCUUCCCCCCAUCACCUGCCCUGCUUCCCCCCAUCCCCUUCCCUGCUUCCCCCCAUCCCCUUCCCUGCUUCCCCCCAUCCCCUUCCCUGCUUCCCCCCAUCCCCUUCCCUGCUUCACCCCAUCCCCUCCCCUGCUUCCCCCCAUCCCGUCCCGUGCUUCCCCCCAUCCCCUUCCCUGCUUCCCCCCAUCCGCUUCCCUGCUUCCCCCCUUCCCCUUCCCUGCUUCCCCCCAUCCCCCUCCCUGUUUCCCCCCAUCCCCUUCCCUGCUUCCCUCCAUCCCCUUCCCUGCUUUCCCCCAUCCCCUGCCCUGCUUCCCCCCAUCCCCUUCCCUGCUUCCCCCCUUCCCUUUCCCUGCUUCACCCCAUCCCCUUCCCUGCUUCCCUCCAUCCCCUUCCCUGCUUCCCCCCAUCCCCUUCCCUGCUUCACCCCAUCCCCUUCCCUGCUUCCCCCCAUCCCCUUCCCUGCUUCCUCCCAUCCCCUUCCCUGCUUCCCCCCAUUCCCUUCCCUGCUUCCCCCCAUCCCCUUCCCUGCUUCACCCCAUCCCUUUCCCUGCUUCCCCCCAUCCCCUCCCCUGCUUCCCCCCAUCCCCUCCCCUGCUUCCCCCCAUCCCCCUCCCUGUUUCCCCCCAUCCCCUUCCCUUCUUCCCCCCAUCCCCUCCCCUGCUUCCUCCCAUCCCCUUCCCUGCUUCCCCCCAUCCCCUUCCCUGCUUCCCCCCAUCCCCUUCCCUGCUUCCCCUCAUCCCCUUCCCUGCUUCCCCUCAUCCCUUUCCCUGCUUCCCCUCGUCCCCUCCCCUGCUUUCCCCCAUCCCCUUCCCUGCUUCCCCCCAUCCCCUUCCCUGCUUCCCCCCAUCCCCUGCCCUGCUUCCCCCCAUCCCCUUCCCUACUUUCCCCCAUCCCCUGCCCUGCUUCCCCCCAUCCCCCUCCCUGCUUCCCCCCACCCCAUCCCCUUCCCUGCUUCCCCCCUUCCCUGUCCCUGCUUCACCCCAUCCCCUCCCCUGCUUCCCCCCAUCCCGUCCCGUGCUUCCCCCCAUCCACUUCCCUGCUUCCCCCCAUCCCCUUCCCUGCUUCCCCCCAUCCCGUCCCCUGCUUCCCCCCAUCCCCUUCCCUGCUUCCCCCCAUCCCCUUCCCUGCUUCCCCCCAUCCCCUUCCCUGCUUCCCCUCAUCCCCUUCCCUGCUUCCCCUCGUCCCUUCCCCUGCUUCCCCCCAUCCCCUUCCCUGCUUCCCCCCAUCCCCUUCCCUCCUUCCCCCCCUGCUGCCUCCCAUCACUCUCAUUCUCCUUCCUCCCGCACUCACACCUCUCAGUCCUCUCGCACUCUCUCUCUCCGUCCUCUCGCACUCGCACUCUCCUCCCCACCACCCUCAGCCCUCCUUCCCCUCACACCCACCCAUGUUCCCACCUGCCCUCCCCAUCCCUGCCUUUCCCUCCCUGCCCUGCCCUUCCCUUCUCCAUCCCUUCUCAAACCUUCCCUUUCAUGUCAUGCCCUCACCUUCCCCCUCAUCUUCCGCCCUCCAGUUGCCAUGCAUGUGCACCCAUCACUGUCUCCCCAUACCGGUACAUGCUUUCAUCAUGUGCGCUUGCUUGUGUUCCCCUGCAGUUGUUCCCUUGGCACCUCACACCACUUCCCCCAUGUUCCAUCACACAAUUCUUUCUGCCUACUCCACUCUCCAAAUUUUCAGUUGUGAAGCAGAGGAGCAAGCUGAGGCGCAGCUAG